ACUUCAAUCAACUUUUUACCUUACACUAUCCAUUAUUUCUUAAGUACUAUAACUUGGCUUCACCAUUCCCAUGACCACUCACAUCUUAGAACCAACAAUGGAUGCCAGAACUCUUGAACAAACAAAGCGCUCAAUGAAAGACAAAGCAAGCAUGGAUAAUGAAGAGGAAUUCGAGGAUGAAAUGGAAGAAGAAGAUGGUGGGGGUGGUGGCGGUGGUGAUGACAGGAGGAAAGGAGUUUAUGGGAGAAAAGGGUCUAGUAGUGGUGGUGGUGGGGUGUCGCUGCCUAGUUGUCAGGUGGAGCGAUGUUCGGUUGAUUUGACUGACGCAAAGCGAUACCAUAGGCGGCAUAAGGUGUGUGAGGUUCAUGCCAAGUCGCCUGCCGUGAUCGUUUCAGGGCUUAGGCAGCGAUUCUGUCAGCAAUGUAGCAGGUUCCAUGAGUUGUUGGAGUUCGACGAGGCAAAACGAAGCUGUCGCAGGCGGUUGGCAGGACACAACGAGCGAAGAAGGAAGAGCUCAACUGAAUCUUAUGGCGAAAGCACAAGCCGCAAAGGGAGUAGUACUACUCCUCAGAUCAAAGAAAAUCAGUGUUGGAAAACUGAUGAAAGAAGUGGAUUCUACAUGAACGUACCUGGAGGCAGUUCCACUUACAACAGGCAUUCCCAUAUCAAAUAAGGUCAAAUAGUCCUCCCAUGAUUAUAUCGUCGCGAAUCCAGCAUCUUUGAUGCUCCCUCUCUUCUGUCAAUUGUGUUGUUCCUUCCUUCAGUUCCCUGCAUCUACUAGAUUCCAACAAAAUAAGUCAGUCAUUCUGCUUCAUGACAUAUUGCUGUAUUCACCUACUAUAGUUUCUUCCCCUAUGUAUCCAUAGUUAAAGAUUUGGCACAAUUGUUGUAUCAAAUGAGCAUCCUUGCCAAGGUUUAUGGUCUC